CACGCUUGAAAACGCGUGGGAUAACAUCCUAUAAAUUACCUUCAGAGCGGUAAAUUCCCGAAAAUUUCAAAUAAGCCCAAUCCAAACACCGUUUUCAAAACAAGCCUAUAGUUACAGUGAUUUAAUCGUAAUUUACAACGUAUGACUCAAAUUACACAUGAUCUCGGAUAUAAUUUUGCAAUGCAAACAGCUCGUUCGAGAUAUAAAAGUGAAAUUGCAAUGGCAAAGCGCCACCAGUAGUCCCAAUCGAGAUAAAGGAAAACGAUGAAAGUGCUGCUGUAUUUGGUCCUGGCGAUCGCCGCUUACGACGGCUAUCGGUGCCAAGUUUACUAUCAACCGGUGCAAGUGCUCAUACCGACCUUCAACGGUACGAAUUUAGCGACGAAUCAUUCGAUCAAUUCGAUGCACAACAACACCGGCUACCGGCCGCCGCCUCACAGCCCUCAACAGUACUAUCCGAAUUCGAUUUAUCCGAAUCCGAGCAACAAUAAUUAUCCCAGCUCGUACAACAAUCCCAACAAAUACGGGAAUGCGAACAAUGGCUCCGGCGACGGGCACUUAUUUUUGGGCGUCGUUCGACCGUUCGAUCGACUGCUGUUCAAUCAGGAAUUUGAGAAGACCAGCCGAUGGUGGUCGAACAGGCAGAAAGUAUUGGAAUAUCCGAAAGAUCUACCAACGGGGUACUCCCGGCAUGAAACGAUAAGCGCCAUCAGGGUAUAUAAUAAAUUUUUAGACGGACACGGAGCCAAAUCUUGGAUUGAAGACGGUGGCAUUGGAAGGCAAUUCGUGAAACUGAAAUUUACAUCGCCUUUUGGUAAAGGCAUGCGAUUCGCUGUCUACAUUUAUGGAAGAUAAAUAAAUACAUAUUAUUAAGAAUAAAUCUCUGUGUAGCUAAGUGACAUGUUCAAGGCAAGUUUUCACUAGUGUACAAAUUUUUUUGCAAAAUUCUUACAUAUGAUUGUAGUAAUAGUAUAGGUAACUUUCUCUCUGUAAUGAGUGCAAGAAUAUGAUUAGGAAUUAAAGUUUUUUCCGGCAGUUUC